CACCCUUCCCCUGUUUCGUAUCUUGCACAUGCAGUUUUCCACUUUCUCCGCAUUGCUUCAUCACUUGUCAUUGACUCUGCGACUGCGUGCCUUACUGUUUCGGUCGCCCACUGCGAACUUUCUCUAGCAAACUUCCGCUGUGGGUGGAGAAUUGGGCCGAUUGCCUUCUCUUCCUCCCCCUUUUUUCUUUUAAUCUACUACUUCAUUUUUUUAAAAGGUUUUUGGAUCGAUGGAGGUUUAGAGAUGUUUGUUUGGGAGGUUGAGUGGCAUGAAUGAGCUUUUGACGUGGUGAAUUGAAACAAUUUGCACUCCAUUCUGUCUGAAUUCGUCAAUCUGUGGUUGUGCUAAGCUGCUGUAUUGCUUGUAUUGGCUGCUUGUCCCAAUUAUCUUUGGUGUGAAGAAUUUAUGCUACAUUGUGUGUGCAUGCUGUGAUUUGGUAUUUGUUUCAGUUGCUUUUGAAUCUUUCGCGUCGUUGUGGAGAUGUGAACUGGUGAUUGCAAAGGAGGGUUCACUGUGUCGAUUUCUGCGUUCGUCUUCUUUCUCCAACAGACCAGGAACAUUGUGAUAAGAUAUGGCGAAAAGCAUGUGUUGGAAGAUCUUGACGUGAGAUACAUGAGUGUGCUUUGAAUUUCACCAGACACAUCCUUUCGAUGUUGCCGGUUUUGAUCAUAUAUAUGUAGAAAUAUUCGGUUUCUUUGUGUGGGAGGGGUUUUUCUAAUGCCGACUGGAUUACUCUAGUAGGCAUACAUAGUGAUCAGCACAAUUGGUCUGCACAGAGUCACAAUUCUGAAACCGCAUAUUGUACAGAAACGAAGGAGAGAUCGGCUUCGUGUGUAGGGUUUGCUUAAUUUUGUUUCAGGCAUGAAUGAUGAUGAUGAUGAUGAUGAUGAUUCCACCCUGUUGUUGCUGAUUAGAAAUAAUUAGCAACUAUCAUCUUCAUCACCGAUUCGCAUGUCACUAGGAUCCAAUGUUGAGACAGAAGAGGAUGUAAAUGUCAAGCUUCGCAAACUGAAAAUCAUCGACCCUAACUAGAAUUUAUCGAAUGCCAUGGGCGAUCGGACACCAGUAGCGAAUUUUCCAAGGUUUAUGCGAUCGCAAAGUAUGAGCGCCCUCACCAAAUCGAGCCGGAGUUUAGGAUUGACACGGGAACCACCGUGGCUUCAUGUGAGGCGGGAGCCGUUUGAAUAUGGCACUUUGCCAAUUCCCAGCCUUAUGCAUAGUGAUGUAUUGGCCAGUUUAAUGACGCUUCGUGGAAAGUUACUUUCGCAAGCUCCCCCUUCUUUGACUUCGUGUACAUCUUCAUGGUCGCUAAGUAACACCACCAACCUCGUAUGUGCUCCAUCGACACCAUCAGUAUCUGAGAUCACAAGACGGGUAUCCAUUACAGGCAUAGCUGCAGCUUUGGAACUCACGGAGGAAUACGCGCAACUGAUUUUGGAGACAUUGGCCUCUACCUUGAACGACGAGGGGACCAUAGUGGAUCGUCUAGCCAGUUCUCUUGUGAAUGAGAUUGAGUCUGUCGGUGCCGAUAUCGACGAUCUGCUCUUGUAUCUGUACCUCCAAACCUACCGAAGAGCACCGUCCCGUCCACAUCGAGAUGCCUCUUCAGUGGCUGACGUAUGGCCUUGUACUUCUGCAAUUGAUGGGAUUCUCCCAGCUUCUACUCUUUUGAAGGUCAGAUUAGCUGGAGUCUCUCGGCGUCUGAUGCCUACCCAAGCAGAAGAGGAGGGUCAUCAGUUGAAGUAUGUGCGAAAGCACUUGCGAUCUCUCUUGACAAUUCUUUCUGAAACCAACAAAGAGGGAUUGGAGGUCAUCACACCGGAGCGGUUUGAGCGACUCGGGUUUUUCCUAAGAGCAAAAAAUGCUCGCAUGGAGUCAGUACCGUUGAGUCAGGCAGCUCCAUUAUUUGCUGGAGCGGAUCCACAUGUACCAGUGCUUCCGGUAGCGUUGACGCAAGUAUUGGAGUGGGUGCAACAUCAUCUCUGUGCUGCAUCUGAGAGCCAGUGGGAUACCAUUCUAACGAGGGAUGAGAAGUCAUUAGCCAAAGUUCGUCGAAUGUUCCCACCUGGGAAAAUACCGUCCUCGCAAGCAGAAGUCAAUAUGAUGGAUGUAAUGACUCCUUCAGUUUUAGCUACGUCUAGAGAUGUCCAGGCUCCCACUGCACCAGAUGAUGCUUUGAGCUCGUCCAAAGAUUGGCGUCCUGAGAAUUUGACCUUCAUUGAUGGCGUAAUAAGGUCCUCUGUAUCGAAAGGAGAAAAUGACAUUAAGGGCGGUUCAGUAAAGGUUUCAUAUUGCCAGGAUUCUGUGGUGUAUGUUCUUGCGCCCCUUAAAUAUGCCUCUGUGUUUGGAUGCUCGGAUUCCAUUGUUGUACUUGGGGCUGUUGGGAAGGCUGUCAGAGUGGAGCACUGUGAGAGGGUGCAGAUUAUUGUUCCAACUGCUCGUAUAUGCGUUGCAAACUGCCGAGAGAGCAUUUUUUACUUGGGUGUAAAUCUACGGCCUCUGUUCACCGGUGAUAGCCUCAACUUGCAGGUGGCUCCUUACAACACCUUUUACCCAAAGCUGGAAGCUCAUUUAGCACAAGUUGGUGUAGACGCGAGAAUUAAUAAAUGGGAUUGCGUAUUAACAUUGGGACUGGCAAAUCUACAUGAUGCAUUCAAACGUUCUGCUCAUGCUGCAACAUCCCAAAUUGUGGGUGCAUCACUUCUUCCAACUGACAAAUUUGCGAUGUUCACGAUUCCUAGCUGGAGCAUACCUGAUUCAGACUCGAUGCAUCACACCAGUGCAAACCCAUUCAUUCUACCUCAGUUAUACAUUGCAGCAGUAGAACAAAGGUCAAGAGCCGCUGAAACAUUGAAACUAAAUAUAAAAAAUGCUGCCCUGGAAGUUGACAAGGAACGCGAGCUGGUGGCUGCUAUCCAUUCCCACUUCCGGGACUGGCUUUAUGCAUCUGGCAGUAUUCGGCAGCUCUACAACUCACCGACACAAGAGUAAAGCUUUCAUUUUAUCCAGUAUGUGCUGAAUUGGACUAACUCCAGUUGCUUUCUUUCCAACUGCUGUGGCCUAAGUGUAUUGUGGUUAUUUUGGAGUGAUGAGAUAGUUAAGUUAUGAUCCAACUGGCUUUCUCAUUGAAGGUCAGAAAAUUGGAAAAGAGCAACUCAACCUCUUCACUAAAACUGGAGGGAUGGGAAGCAAUUUGCACGGCUCAUAAGCUCUUACUCUUCCUAUGUACUUCUAAAAGUUUCUGUGCAAUUAAGGCCAUAUAAUCUGAUUCUGCAGUGCAACUUAGAGCAGUACGUUUAAUCUUACACUUGAUUUCAAGUAAGCCAUGUAAUAUCAUUAUUAGAGCAAGGUUGAGUAGCUCAUGUCAAGUCAAAUUGUAGGCUAGAUUCUGGUUUUUAACCAAGUUUCUUUUUCCAAUUGCAUAGAAAAAACCAUAAAAUGUGCCUCUAUGCUUAUGCUUACUUCUUUUGAAACUUUCAUUUGUUAACACUUCCAUGUGAUUAGAUCAUCUUUCAAUAUAUUCCAUAAUUUUAAGAACUA